CCACUAAGUGGAAGCUUUUCCAAGUAGCUAUUGCGUGCUCUCGGCCAUGUAGAACAACUAGCAUUCCAAAUUGCAAAUGCUGUUGAUUCAGUUAUUCCGCAUCACGCCAAUCAUGGUACAAGAGAUCUUCAACACUCAGUAUCAAUAAAACAACAUGCUAGUGCGCAUCAGUUUAUAAAACCGUACGGGAACGCGCUCGGACAGACGUAAUCAAUUAGUGCAGUUGUCGUGUAUAGUUCCAAUGUCGCGGUUCGACCGUCUCCAUGGAGGCAGGCGCGCGCGGUAACCGUGACGACCAUCGCUUGCCGACGCUCAGCCUCGGACUGUCCAGCGUUAGACUCAUUGUCAACAAGUUCGAGCAAGGCACCGCUCGUCUCGCUGCUGACAGUGCUGACACACUCGAAACCGGCCGUGAACUUGUCGCGUACGACCCAAACGUCGUAGAAAGCGACGAUGACUCCUCUCUCGGCCCGAGAGAUCGAGUCCUGCGUCGAUUCUUCGUGAACUUAGGCUUUGCUCUGAGCAAAUGCGUACCUAGUGUGACGUUUGGAAACUUUACUAUCCUUUCCCUAAUCAUCGGAUUCCUCGCCCCAAGGAUGAUAUCUUAUCUGGUGCUGUAUCCGUUUUGCAGAUUGGUAUUCGGGACCCUCUACCCGGCUUACGCUUCAUAUAAAGCUGUACGGACGAAGAACUUGAAAGAAUACGUAAAAUGGAUGAUGUACUGGAUAGUUUUCGCACUGUUCACGUGCACGGAGACGUUCACGGACGUGUUCCUGUCGUGGUUCCCAUUCUACUACGAGGUGAAGAUAGUACUCGUGCUGUGGCUCCUCUCGCCUGCUACCAAAGGCUCCUCCAUUCUGUACAGGAAGUUUGUACACCCGGCGCUGUGCAGGCGAGAACAGGAGAUAGAUGAGUACAUAGCAAAGGCCAAAGACCAGGGCUAUCACACAGUGCUCAACCUGGGCACCAAGGGCGUGAACUACGCCACCACAGUUAUUAUGCAGACAGCCAUUAAGGGCGGAGGAGGUUUAGUGCAACAAAUUCGCAAGAGCUACAGUCUGUCCGACUUGAGCGAGUGUGAGGUCCGCGACGAGCGAGGGGCUGACGAGGCCGACGAUGUCUUGACCGAGCCUAGAAUGAUCCGCCGCGUCGUUAAGAGCGGCUACAACACACGUCGCAGCGCGUCCGAGUCCAACACCCGAACAUCCAUGUAUUUCUCAGAAGUGGACGUUGAAGUCAGGGGUCCGCGGAAUGCACGGGGCGACGAGCCAGAUUUUAGCCACAUCAAAUCCACCGAAGACAUAAGCUCCGGCUACUCCAGCGCGGACAACUCCGCGUCGCUGACGCGCACCGGCUCGGUCGGCGCGGCGGCGCGCGCGCGCGCGAGGCCCACGCGCACGGCCGUCACCGCCAUCAAGCGGCCGCAGGCUGCCGAGGACAACGAAGUAUUCAUCGAGGAGAUUCCAGACGACGAUAGUUUUGAAUAUGCGAAUAUGCCCCCCUUAGUCAAUCUUCCCUCUCACCUUUUCCUCUCCCAUACUGAUCCUCCCUUUAUAUAUCAAUACGUAGGAGAUGAAGUCAGAAUAAUACAAGUCUUAGGAAAUUAUCCUGUAGGUACAAAUUUUAAUCAAUCCAAUAUAAAUACGAGGGACCAAACUGAAAAUAUUACUGACGAAUAUUCCGAAAAUAAACUUUCGCCAGACAAAGAACCUCAGGAAAUAUUUGAAAACGCAGAGGCGGAUAUAGAUAACACAGAAGCAGUAAAAACAAAUAAAAGUGAGGAGUUAAUUGCAACUGAAAAUGAUGACAAUAACAGUAAAACUAACGAACUAUCAAAGACAGAAAACGUUCAGACUACAACGAAUGAUCAAAACGUAAUGGGUUGUAAAAAGACAGAUCUUGGAGCGAAGCCUGAGAAUAUGUUAGACGAUGAAAUUAAUAUACCCAAAGAUGAAACCAGUGCAUCUAAACAUAAAACUAUUGUACCUAAAGGUGAAAAUAAUGCAUCUGAAGAUGAUAUGAAUGUACUCAAAGUUGAAACUAAUGCAUCUAAAUAUGAAAUUAAAGAGUCUAAAGAUCAAAUGUGUACAUCUAAAGGUGAAAAAGCUGAUUCUACUAGCCUAGAUACAUCCGCUUAUGAGAAUGAUUCCGCAGAAAGCGAAGACGAAGCUUCUUUUGGAACCCCAGAGGACUCUCCCAGGAGUAAACGUAAAUCUAAGUCACCUAAAGGUAAAUAUGGGAAAGGUAGGGCACCCCCACCACCACCACCACCUAAAGCAGAUACUACAGAAGGUAAAUCUGAAGCUUUAAAGAGUGGUAUUUCAAUCGGCACAACUUCGCUAGAAAGCCUGAAUGACAUCCUGAGCAAUUUACCAAAUAGACCUCUUAAAGAAAUUAGUUCACAUCAAACUUUGCAGGUUGUUAAUCCAAUAGCGGAAAAGAAACGACGUCACAAAUCUAAAUCACCCAACAAAAUCCCUAAAGGGAAUAGUUCAGGGAUUGGCAAAUUGUUACAACUGCCAAGUAAAUUAGCAUUCUGGCAUAAAAGUGACGAUAAGUCUAAAACCGACACUACAUCAAUGUCAUCGAGGUCCCGGUCGCAUAGCAGAAGGUCAUCUGGUAAUGACCAACAAACUGAUUAUAAAAGUUAUGUUGACAUAAAUACGCCAUUUGAUACACCGAAGGAGGAUGCGCAAUCUAUCGCCGAUGAUCAAGUUAGUUUUGUUGACGCUGCCGAUUUUGAAAGCGAAGUCAUAUCACAUGACAUUAUGGAAAAGAGUGAUGCUUUACAAAAGUUGAUCGAAGCGAAAAUUGAGAGUCACCCAGAAUAUAAGUUUGUUUCGUUGCACGAUGAUAUUCCUACUGCAUCGAAAAGUACAGAUGUCUGAAGCCUUCCUCUAUCCUAUUUUCUCGUUGCAGCAGCGCGACCGGAACGCAAUGCUGACGGCUUCUUCUACCAUACCUCGCACAAAAAAGUCCAAUAAAAGGAAAACGCAAUAGACACGACACCAACUAAACUUCGUACUUUGUUGACUGGCUAUAGUCUGGUUAUUAUGAGCUCUCUUUACAUACAGGAAACCGUCUGUAUUAAAUUUCAUGCUUUAGCAAAUUUUAUUGCUUAGCAAGUUUUAUUAGUAGAAACACAAUGCUUGCAUACUAGAAAGUAUGCCAGCUCUGUGAUUUGUGUUCUUCCAAACUUAGAGAAUUAUAUUACAUAUAUAUUAUGAUUUCUUUAUGCUUACAUCUAAUACGACAUGUAAUAAAUAGAGCCGUAUGUCGUCCUUUUCGACUCAAAAUUGUUAGUUUAAUGUGUUUAAUUUUUGAAAUUUACGAAUAGGUACUAAUCGUAAAUUGAAAAGUCCGUGCGCUGUUAGAAGUUCAUUCGACGGGGUGUUCCGUGUUCCAGUUAAGGACACGUCUAAAAAAAUCGACCCGUAUAAUGAAUAUUUAACAUCUUAUGGACUGUAUGUUUGCUGUAUGGCAUUCAAUAUUUUUUGCAGACGCACACUUAAGUAAUAAGUUUGAAACGGCACCAAAAAUUCUAGUGAAUAUGCUCAACACGAUGCAAGUAUUCAUUUAAGCAUGAAAUGCACUGUUUACAAAUUUUAUUUAUGAGAACUUAAUUCUCAAUAAUGUUGGUUACUAGUAUUUCUAAUUACUUAAUCAGAUGAAUUAUUUCUUAACUAAAUUAACGCCAUUAUCAAGGAUUACACCGGAGCCUGGCGAUUAUAAUUUUAGCCAAAAUUUGCCAAAUGUGAAACAUUAAACGACUCGACAAUUACUAAAGGAAUAAUGCUUGUUGUAGUUAUAUCUAUUAGUAUUUAAUGCAUAUUGCAAAGAAAUAACUAGUCUGCCGUUAAUGCAUAUACAUAUAUGGAUGUGCUAAGACUGCUUUAGGGUGGUAUCCCAUCUGUCCAAUGUCUUUGCAUCUCACUCUCUCAUUGUGCAAAAUGUGAGACAAAAUACACAUUGGACAAAUAAAUUGGACAGGUGGAAUACCACCCUAAGUUAAAAAAUAAUUGGUGGAGUUGGAAUUGAGGGAUCGCUAGAUGUCGCCAACUCGCCACUGAGGUAUAUGUUUCUUGUCGGCGCCAUCUAGUGAAACUUCUAAUUUGCAACGAUUUCUUAUUCGACUUGGCAUGUCUGUAGUAUUAUUACUAAUCGUAAAGGUCCUCACGAGACUUAGCAAUCUUAGCAUCUUACUCGAGUAAUGCAGGAUGUGUGUGAAGGGAUUGUUUUGAUAUCAGUAUCGAAUGUAAAGUUUGAUGUACGGACUGUGGUUGUACUCGUUAUGUGAUAUAAUAGCCAUUGAUGUUUGUGAUGAUGAACUAUCAUUCUGGGAGCCUCGACGAUACGAGGGUGUCUAACAUGAAAUAAAUGAUGGUUUACGAACGCCCGUUCCAAGGAAGCGUGUAGGUAUGUACUACUAAACGGAAGUCUCUUUUUAACUCCUUUUAUUAGAAAGAGAUUUCUGCUUGGAUUACGUUUUCUUGAAACGGGAACUGGGGGCCCAUAUCUGUAAUGUUACUCAUUUUAUAUUACAAAUUAGUAAUUGCAACUCAUUCUAAAUCUAAAUGAUAAAAUUACUAGAAGAUGAAAAUGAUUGUAAACGCUAAACUUGUAUUACAGUUAAGUGUAAAAAUAUGGUUGCACACAUCAUACUCAAAAAUAUGUCCCAUAGGUCUUAAAUGUCAGCGGAUUAAGAACUAUUCGACAUAUUUUUGAGAAGUUAUAUGCAGUUUCACCCAUAUUUUUACACUUGACUGUUACUAGACUUGUACUUUUCAUUGUGGGCUCUUGAAAUACUGACUCUUUUUCGUCUAGUUACAGUCAUAUCUUAACUGAACACUGUAAAUAUUUAGCAAAGUACUAUGCAUAAUACACUGAUUUAGGGGUAAUUUUAUAGAAUUUAGCUGUUGAAUGGAAACCUAUUGUUGUGCAUAAUACUAUCCUGAACAAUGUUUGUGUAUGUAGGUACCUACUCCAAAUUCAGUAUUUCUUUAAAUGGUCAAGUUCCUAGGAAAUUAAAUGUGUUAAAUAUAUUUUUUCUUCUUCCUGGAUAAAUGUAUGUGUAAUGUGUAUGUACAUAAUGGAGGGUAUAAAGCUGUUUGUUAUUGGCACCCUAACAGUAAUCUAAAAGGUUAAAUUUUUAUUUAUAUUUAAGUAAAUUAUUAGUGUCAAUAUUUCAAAACUAGGUACUAACUAGGGUGCCAAUGACAGCUAGACUUACCUUACUUUCUGAUAAUUAUGACUUUGCUGUGCUAUCAUUUGCUAAACUGCAUUUGUACACAUUUUCAAGUUACCUUGUAAUUUUGUUACCUGUUACUAUUACAUAUAUUAUGUUUUAUUAGUUGACUGAGUCACAAUUUUACAUGAGUGUUUGAGUUUAUUGAAAUAAAUUACUACUGUAA